AUGAGCAUCAUCAACCCAACGUGGCGCAAGGACCUGGGUGUGACCAGCUACCCAGCAAGGCGGCUGCUGUGGGAUUUCAUGGUGGCGCAAGAACAUCAGUUGCGUGAGCUGGGCUGUUCCUUCGGUGAGAUCUCCGCCCAUGAUUCUGAGAAGCUGCUUCGGGUGAUCCUGUCCUCCCAGCAGCCAGACAGGGGCAAGAAGGCCCAGGCCUUCCUCACCACCCAGGGGCUGGAGCCAGAGAUGGUGGCGGAGCUCGUGGCUGAGGAAGUCACCCGAGAAGUGCUGGCGCCUUUGCAAGGAAAAGGGGAAAAGCAAGUCUUAAAUCCAGCAGAGGAGAGCGAGGCGUUCCUGCAGUUGGCCAAACUGUGCCAGGACCCCACCCUGGUUGGCGUGAAGCUAUUGGAUAAAAUUUCAUCUGUCCCUCACGGGGAGCUUGCCUGCACUUCAGAGCUCCUGAUCCUCGCCCAUAAUUGCUUCAGCCUCACGUGUCAUAUGGAAGGGAUUAUUCGCGUUCUCCAAGCUGCCCGAACGCUCACAGACGAACACUUAGCACCCAGUGAAGAAUACGGCCUUGUUCGACUUCUCACUGGCAUCGGCAGGUACAACGAGAUGACCUACAUCUUUGACUUGCUGCAAGAGAAGCACCACUUUGAGGUGCUAAUGAGAAAGAAGUUGGACCCGAGCGGGACCCUCAAGACAGCGCUGCUGGACUACAUCAAGCGCUGCCGCCCAGGAGACAGCGAGAAGCACAACAUGAUCGCCCUCUGCUUCAGCAUGUGCCGGGAGAUUGCGGAGAACCACGAGGCGGCAGCCAAUGUCCAGCUGAAGCUCAUUGAAUCCCAGCCUUGGGCUCUCAGCAGCGUCGAUAAAGUUGCUUACCUGUAA